AUGCUCCUUGAUGUGCGCUACAGCCGUCUCACGUUCGUUCCGCGUAUUAUGCGCUCCAUGCCGCCGUCCGUGCGCUGGCUUUUCUUCGUCGGGCACCCCCAGCUGACGGACAUUUCCAGUGAUGUCUAUGCGAAUUGGACCAACCUUCUCUCGCUCUGGCUCGGCGAUAACGCGCUAUCGCACAUUGUGGAUCUGAGCAACAACCAGAUUGCAGCCAUUCCGGAGGCAGAUUUUGGCAAUCUUCCGAUGCUUCGAACGCUCUACCUGCACAACAAUGCCAUUCGCGUGUUUCCAUCGACGUUGUUGCAAGUCAAACCGAACCUCGUGCUCACGCUCAACCACAACCCGAUCACGACGAUUGCAGAUACCGUGGGUCUCUCGGUGCACAUUGCAUCGACGCCGUUCUGUGCAGCGACGACGGCGUCAGCAUGCUAUGACGACUGCGCGCCGAGUUGCGGCCGACUCUUUGUCGGAAAUUACCUCUGCGAUCGCAGUUGCAACACGACGGCGUGCGCCUUUGAUGGUGGCGACUGUCAUUUUUAG